AUGAUAAUAACAAUUAAUUACGCUUUAAUUCGCGAUAAUAAAGAGCCACUAAACAAAAAAAGUGGUGAAUUUGCAGAAUUAAUAGAAUUAAUGGAAAUUGUUAAGCAGAAAUAUGAGAAUAU